ACUGGUAGUGAAAUUGUAAUAGGACAUGGCAACCAGCUUACAGCUUUAUAAGAAGAGUACAUUUCCUCCUCUUCUGAAUAUUUAUCAGCCGCCGCAUUUCAGGAAUCAGGGCUUAUCUACACUACUGGCCGGAUCGACAGGCAGCAAUUAAUCCAGCGGGGGUCGAUUUAUUGUGUCUAGUAUAGAUGCAAUAAAUUGACUGCUGAUCACUCUAGCAUUGACUCCAGUACUCCACCUCAAUGAGACAUGCAAGGGGAAUCGAUGGGAGAGCAUCUCCUGUCAACAUACUGCAAUGAAGAUACCAUGAAUGACAAAACCCCCCAAAAAAUGAUGAUGAAAGAUGACAAUGGGAAGAAGAGGAACAACAAGUCAUCAUUUAGUGAUGAAGACAAAGAAGAUGCAAUGAAACGGGCCCUGCUAGAACAGCACCAUCUUGAAAACUACAAGAAUCUAUACAGGCUGAGAAAUGCCAUGUAUGUGCGUUACAGGGAUUUGUUGAACAAGAAAGUUCAAAAGCAACGAAUUCAGAUCCAAAUGUCUGAUCUCAACUUCAAGCAAAAUCUUGAACAGCAAGGAAGAAAAAAGUGUACCCCUGGACAUCAAGUGCCCUACUGCAAAUUGUCUCACGAUGCUAAGUACCUCAAGUCUAUUCCACAGUCCAGUAAUUACCUGAUUAUAGGAUUGCAGAAUGAGUUAACUAGACAUGGAAUCUUAAAGAACAAGCAAGAUUAUGAUGACUUUUGGACACUGAUCCUAGAGGGCACUCACGGUUCACGGCUUAAAGAAAAACUUCAGGAUAUAAAAUUAAAAAUGGUUGCAGCUAAGUCUUUUCCUUCACAUCCUGUUGUGAGAACCAGUGCAGCACAGUCAGCGAAUGUCCUUCUGAGCAACCAAUGUGGGCAGCUGAAAAUGAGCUCAGCUUCUCUACCAGGAUCAGUGUCCUGCCAACCUCCAGCUCAUCAUCCAAGUAAACGCACAAAGGCCGAAGAAGAAACUGAGCAAUUUCCUAAGCUGCUGCUUUCUUGGCUUUCUGAAUUGCAGAAAAGGCCUGAAGAGCAAUCCAGAACUCAGGAGGUGAGCAAACCUUGCAAAAGGACUAGGAAGCAUUUCCACCAUGAACGACAGCUGAUUUACUUGCAUCAUAUGUAUCAUCUCGCCCUUCUUAAUAUGACAUCUUCCAAGAGACUGCUGGAGAAAAAUGGUCAGUUCGCAGUUGCUGAAAAAGAGCACAGUGUCCAUGAUCUGAUGGAAUACUUGUUUCCAAGUCAUCAUAAACAACCUGGAAAUAGCUCCACUGAAAGAGGGAUAGAGGAAAGCACAUUUCCCAUUUUGCGAGAUAGGAAACAGCACGAGCAACAUCACAGGGGCUUCUCCAAAACACACAUCGUUUUUAAAGAAAUGAAAAACCAUUCAAAGGAGAAACAUGAAAAUAAAGGAGCUGUUGAAAUUUUGGAGGAUAAGAAAUACAACAGCGCCUUUGUCCCACAUGAAAUGAUCCCUGUGCCUCUUACCAUGGAAGAUGUGGUUUUGAACAAUCCAGUUGUGGCAUGUAUUUUUAUUUACUCUUUUGUCCCCCAUCAGGAAGCUAAGUCAACAGUUACCUACUGGACUAAUUAUGUGGACAAAGAAGAAUCCAUUUUCUAAAGAGGAAAAGGAUGACUAAAAUACAGAAACUCACAACAGCAAUGAAAUUGCAGCUUGAUGUAGAUCUUUAUGCUGUAUCCCACACCUACUGUAAUGUACCUAUAUUAUGAAAUCACUAUACUGAAUGUAACAACUUUCUACAGGCCAAAAUCUUGGUCUCAUUGAAGACAAUCUGAAUGUUGUCAUUCACUUUAUUUAGAGCAGGAUUUGGCUCUACAGCAGUGCUACUAUGGAAUGGUUCAAAACAGAUAAAUGUGUCUUGUGAAAAUAGAUAAUUUACUGUACAAUUUGGCUGAGUUCCUAAUCUUUAACUGAUCUACAGUAUUGUUAGAACAUACACCAAUGAACUAGUUGAUGCUUUUGUAGUAGCAGGUUAUACUUGUGUGAUGAAAUAAACAAUUUCUCAUUGA